AUGUCUAGUACCACCAAGAAAGCCCUUCUCCUCGGUGCCGGCUUCGUCUGCGAACCCGUCAUCCAAGCCCUCUCCCAAGCAGACGUUCACGUCACCGUCGCCUGUCGCACUCUGCACAGUGCUCAGGCUCUGGCAAGCAACUACAAAAACACAACAGCCAUCGCUCUUGACGUCUCCCAGGACGCUGCAGGUCUCAACAACGCCAUUACCAAGACAGACAUCAUCAUCUCCCUCAUCCCAUACAUCUACCACGCCACAGUCGUGGAAGCCGCCAUCGCGCAUCGCAAACCGGUUGUCACCACCAGCUACAUCUCCCCGGCACUAUGGGCGCUCGAUGAAAAGGCCAAAUCCGCAGGAGUAACAGUGCUCAACGAGAUCGGUCUAGAUCCGGGCAUCGACCAUCUGUACGCUGUCAAGACGAUUGACGAAGUACAUCGUGCGGGAGGACAGAUUCGAUCGUUUACAAGCUGGUGUGGUGCGCUUCCUGCUCCUGAGAAUGCAGAUAAUCCGCUGGGGUAUAAGUUCUCGUGGAGUCCGCGAGGUGGCCUCCUUGCGUUGUUGAAUUCGGCACAAUGGUACAAGGAUGGGGAGCUGGCUACAGUGGAAGGGAAGGACUUGAUGGCUGUUGCAGAGUCACAGAAGAUAGCUGAAGGUUUUGAUAACCUAGUCGGGUAUCCCAAUCGGGACGCGGUUGGUUUCCGUGAUUUCUAUCGUAUUCCUGAGGCGGGCACUGUGUUUCGUGGGACUCUGCGCUAUGCUGGGUUUCCAGAGAUUAUCCGUGCCUUGGUGGCUAUUGGGUACUUCUCGCAGGAUGAGGUUCCUGCGUUGAAUGUGUCAUCGUCCUCUGCAGUUACCUGGUUGCAGUUGACUGCACAAUUACUAGGUCUUCCGGCCGACUCCUCAGAAGAAACUGUGCAGGAUGCGGUGACGGAGAGAAUUACUUCUUUUCUGUCGACCGAAGAAACUAGUCGCGUUGUGUCCGGCCUUCGUUGGAUCGGUCUGUUCGAUGCCAGUGUUCCUGUGAAUGGACGUGACACGCCUCUUGACACGCUGUGUGCGGUAUUGGAGCAGCGGAUGGCCUACGAGCCAGGCGAGAGGGACAUGAUCAUCUUACAGCACGCAUUCGACAUUGAGUGCGCGGAUGGUUCCAAGGAAAAAAGAACAAGCACGCUUGUCGAGUACGGAGAGCCAACUGCUCCCGGGUCUCGCAGUGCUAUGGCGAAGCUGGUGGGAUUACCCUGUGCAGUGGGUGUAUUGGCGGUGCUGGAGGGUCGGAUCUCGCAGAAGGGGAUGGUAGCACCGUGGACGACAGUUGAGAUUGCGCGUUUACUGCGGGAGGAACUAAGUGAGCGGUUUGGGAUUGAGUUGGAGGAGAAGGUAGUCGGAUAG